AUGAAAGACGGAACAUUGGUCAAAAGGCGGGCACGGCAAGCUCGCCUGCGUGAAGACCGUAGUUUCCACAUCUGGGCUGCAACUGCCACCGCAGACCUCGUUCAGAAGCCGGUCCGGCCCUUGACCAGUGCAGCCUAUGAUCGCAUGCUGCAAGAAUGGGAUCUGUUCGCAUUAAAUUUUGACGGCAACGCCUCGCCACUGGACGUGACGACGCUGAAGACGUUCCUAAAGUGGUAUGCGGAUGGAAGGAAAGGGCGCCUACCCGCUCCCUCCUCAGAUACGGAUAAGAUCCAGCGUAUCACACAGGAUUUGAUGUACACCUGCUGGAAGAGCUUUAUGUUGUUGAUUUAUGGUGGAGAUAAUAACUGGCUGAAUCUGUGCACUACACGUCGGCCCACGCGUAACUUCACCCUGACUGACUUCCAGGCCUGUGUGUGGCAGCUAUGGCAGAACGACUGGUAUAACUUUCGCUGCGAGGAUACGCUUCUGUACCAAGUCUGGUUCGAAGACUGUUCACAGCCGCAGCUGGUGAUUGAUCUGUGUCGCAAUCACACCAAAGGACUCGCCAACUUACCUCGCCAACAGCCAGAACACCUCCUCUAUGAGUUGGUCAACCUGCCAUUUUACUACAACACUAUUGCGUUUUUCAUGGUGGGAGUUCUGGCUACAGGAUCCUUGAGAGAUGCCGAGGGUAUUCUGCUGAUGAAUGAUUUGGUGACAAUCUACUCCUCUCAGAACUCUGGCAUAUACUGCGUUGAGCUUAACAAGUCAUCCUCCUACUGUGACACUUGCGGUGCAACUCGUUCUGAAAUCAAGAACCAGGAGUGGUGGCGCCACGUCUACCACUGCCGCAAGUAA